UGGAGUGUGAGGAAGGUGCAGAAGAGGGAUCCAUGGGGAAAGAGGCAUAAUGGUCUUGGGGUGGGGUUUCUGGAGGGGGCUGCUCCGGAGUGGGUGGUUCCAGAAUCGGCACCUCACAGGCAUGUUCCCCUGCUGAUUCCCCAGCACUUUCAGCAGGGUAACUCUGUGGCAACCUUGGCAUUGGCCCCAAACAACUACUACACGUGUUGGAGGAUCUGGCCGAAGGUGCAUUUUGUUCUGCCACUACUUGACAUAAGGCCCGGAUAUCAUGGCUAAGGUUCCGGAACCCUGUAUUCUGCUCCCUGACAAGUUCAAGCAUGGUUUCAUGUUGGAGCCCCAGUAACCUUUCUACAUUACUUUGCUCAUUAGCCUCCUUUGCUUCCAUAAUCUCUCCAUGUUGAACAACAGCCUUUCCCAAAGAUCGAGAAGGGGGCUGGGUCCAGGCAGCCGGGGUGCCGAUCCAGCUGCAUCCAAUGUUGGCUGCAAGGAGAAGAAAAAAAAAACCCAUCAAAGAGUGUUUGACACACAGCAGAAGCCUACAGUAGGACGGGGGCUCAUCUGACACCAAACACUAGAUCAUGUUCUAUCCCACCCCUAGGACCAGUUAUUGGAGAAUGCCUUUCCCUGACACAUUACACUGGAUGAGCAU